AGUAACAAACACACUAAACACUCCUGAUAAGGCGGCAUUGAUAAGUCUAUAGCAUACUCCUCAUGGCUUGGACUUGGAUUAUACUUGUAAUAGUACUCACUUGCAUUCUGUGGCCGUGGCUGAAGAAAAAGGCACAAAGAAAAUUGCCGCCAGGGCCUAAAGGCCUACCUAUUAUUGGACACCUUCAUUUGUUAGGUAAAAACCCUCAUCAAGAUUUGCAGAAGCUAGCUGAGAAGCACGGCCCUAUUAUGUCCAUGCACGUCGGGUUUGUUCACAAGAUCAUUGUCUCGUCGCCAGAUGCAGCUGAAAAGUUUCUCAAGACCCAUGACCUUAAUUUUGCUGGCAGGCCAUCUCUUGAAGUUGCUAAGCACAUUGGUUAUGAGCAAAGAAAUUUGUCAUUCUCAACAUAUGGUCCUUAUUGGCGUAACAUGCGCAAAUUGUGCACCUUGGAAUUGCUCAGUAACGUGAAAAUCAAUUCUUUUCAAGCCAUGAGAAAAAAGGUGCUUGGCGAAUUAGUAAAUGUUCUUGAGCAUGCAGCUCAGGAACAUGUUGCAGUUGAUAUUAGUACCAGAAUAACAUCCAUGACCUCAGAUUUUAGUUCCCAGAUGGUGUUUGGAAAGAAGUUUGAGGACAAGGAGUUUGGUGAAAGAGGCUUUAAGGGCGUGAUUCAGGAGGGGACGAAGUUGGCAGUGACGUUUAAUCUUGGUGAUUAUUUUCCUUAUAUUGGUGGACUUGAUCUUCAGGGAUUGACAAGGAAAAUGAAGGCUAUAGCCAACAUAUGGGAUCAAUUUUUAGAAAAGAUUCUUGACGAGCAUGAGCAACCCAAAGAGCAUGGUCAAGCCAAGGACUUUGUACAUACCAUGUUGGGGAUCAUGAAAUCUGGAUACUCAGAAUUUGAGUUUGAUCGCUGCCACGUCAAAGCUAUUUUAAUGGACAUGUUUGCUGCUUCAGCUGACACUGCUUCAACAACUAUUGAGUGGACUCUAUCUGAGCUUAUAAGACAUCCGAGAGCAAUGAAGAAAGUCCAAAAAGAGUUGGAACAAGUGGUUGGAAUGGACAAGAUGGUGGAAGAAUCGGAUUUGGAGAGUUUGGAAUACUUAAACAUGGUUAUAAAAGAAGCCAUGAGGCUGCACCCAGUGGCACCACUGUUACUCCCUCAUCAUUCUCUUGAAGAUUGCACGGUUGACGGAUUUCUCAUACCCAAAAAUUCAAGAGUAAUCAUUAAUGUAUGGGCAAUAGGCCGAGACCCUAAGGUAUGGACUGAUGCAGAGAAGUUCCUCCCAGAAAGAUUUGGUGGCAGCAAUAUUGAUCUUCGGGGAAGGGAUUUUGAACUUAUUCCCUUUGGAUCCGGGAGAAGAGGGUGUCCUGGGAUGCAAUUAGGUCUCACUAUCGUUCGCCUAGUGGUGGCUCAACUAUUGCAUUGUUUUAACUGGGAUCUCCCUAAUGGAAUGCAGCUGUCAGAACUUGACAUGACUGAGGAAUUUGGGAUACUUGUUGGAAGGGCUACACAUCUUAUCGCCAUUCCUACUUGUCGCCUUCAAAAAUGAUGAUGUCUGCAUUUUCCAGUAAAUAUACUUGUGAAUUCACUAGUCUUUUACUGAGUAUGUAACGAUGUUAAUAAAUUCAUUGAUCGUUACUGUUUCAUGCUUGAAAACUGUUUUAAUUGAUCCCGGACUCAGAUAAUGGUAAUUACAAACAACAUCUAUUGAACCACCCAUC